CUCACUGCUCUCACUGAAGCCCCCCAACGCACACGUUUGAACGAUGGAGUCUACUCCUUCACCGGAGGAUCCAUUCUCUUUCUCAGUGGCGCAUCAUCGUCAUGUGAUCGUCGCCAUGGUGCCAAAUGAAGCGACAUCGAUGAGUGUCCUGCUGCUGGAAACCCGAAAUGAGCAGUCAUGACAUUUGUCUGCUUCUUGGAGCGACUGGCGUCGGAAAAACUUUGUUGAUGAAACGUCUACAAAAGCUUAGUUCGCAUGGAAUAGAUAAACUGGGGGAACCUCCUUCUACUCUACCUACAGUAGGAACCAACCUCACAGACCUGAAACUGAAGAAGAAAAAGAUGACACUAAGAGAGCUGGGAGGCUGCAUGGGCCCAAUAUGGCCAAGUUACUUCAAAGACUGCUCCUCUGUCAUUUUCAUAGUGGACUCAUCCAACAUUGCUCAGAUAUCCUCGUCCUGCAUCCAGCUGCUGUCAGUACUUUCCGCUCUGCCUCUGCACAGCGCCUCUGUGCUUAUUCUGUUCAACAAGAGUGACAUGCCAUGCACUAUGAGUCUGAUAGAGAUGAAAUCACUGUUUAGAAUGGAUGACAUCGUCGCAUCUGCUACUCAGCCAAUCACAAUACUGGAACUCAGUGCCCACACUGGACUGGGACUUCAGGAGGUGCUGAGCUGGCUGGAGUCCAUCAUAAUCAAGUGAUCAUAAGUGUGUGGUUCUACUCUCACGUGACUUUGGAUGAUGACGUCAAGCCUUUUGGCAAGCGAUGUCACCAAGUAUCUCCUCAGAGUAUUUAAUGAUGUGUUUAGUGUUGGACCCACUGAAAAGCCGUUGCUGUAUUUGUGUUACCAUAUUCAUAUGGUGACUGUAAAUAAGGGUAAAUGGGGAAAGAAUUGUGAUAUCGUUGCAGGAGUGAAUGAUUGACCAUUUUAACAUUUGUUAAAUCAACACUGUUGAUCCUACCUCACGCAAACUAUUGUUUAUGUAUACUGGUGACUUUUACUAAUUACAUUAUGCACAGAUUAACAAGGAACAGCUUAGAUUCAUGACUGACAACAGUGUGAUCCUCAUGCUCCUCUAAGUAAGGACUAGCUUUUAUUCUGAAACCAAAUAAACCAGCAGGGGGCAUACAGUGCACAACAAACAUUGUAAAUGGUCCUGAAUGUGUGCCUGAGAUUUGACAUGAAAUGUGUUAAUGACAUAGGUAUUGAGGAAAUACAAAACAAUAAAACCAACUGAAGAAUGA